GAUUUUGACAAGUGGACAUUUGUAAUCCCAUCAUAAGAGCUACAGCAACCUUUGUCUCAUCCUGUCUUUCAGAUGGGAUUCUACCACAGGAGGAAGUGUCAACAAUGCAGGGUGUUGUGAUAAUCUUUCCACAAUGGGUCAGCGCCUAAGCGAGGACAGUGACCCAGACAAAGAAAUAGAUGUGGCAGAGCUCCAGGACUGGUACAAAAAGUUUGUGGUGGAAUGCCCCAGUGGAACAUUGUUUAUGCACGAGUUCAAAAGUUUUUUUGGGGUAGCCGAUAACAAAGAGGCUUCAGAUUACAUCGAGAGCAUGUUUCGGGCCUUCGACAAGAAUGGAGACAACACCAUUGACUUUCUAGAGUAUGUUGCAGCUUUGAACUUGGUUCUUAGGGGUAAACUGGAGCACAAAUUGAAAUGGACGUUCAAAAUGUAUGAUAAAGAUGGAAGUGGGUGCAUUGAUAAAACAGAGCUUCUUGAAAUUGUGGAGUCUAUUUAUCGACUGAAGAAAGCCUGUCAUGGAGAGCUGGAUGAAGAGUGCAAUCUUCUGACCCCAGACCAAGUAGUGGACCGGAUAUUUGAGCUGGUGGAUGAAAAUGGAGACGGCGAACUCUCCCUGGACGAGUUCAUCGAUGGAGCGCGGAGGGACAAGUGGGUGAUGAAGAUGCUCCAGAUGGAUGUCAACCCUGGGGACUGGAUGAAUGAGCAAAGACGCAGUGUGAACAUCUAAAGGCUGGAGAAUGGACUGUCAGUCUGCCACAUGCACAAAGCUUUGGUGUGACACGACACCAAUCCUGCUUUGUCCCACUGUGCUUGCAUGAAUGUAAAUAUUGCACAACAAACUCAAUCGAGCAUAGAUAUGUAUUUAUUAUAUGUUAUCAAGAAAAACAUAUAUAAAUUAGGAUUAUUAAUUUGUUUUGGUGCAGACUUACUUACUUGUGCAACAAAUAUACGAUUUCAGUAUCA